ACCAUCCAAAGAGUGUCUUCUUUGGACCUUCAUCCACUGGCCCCGCUCACAUGGACGGCCCGACCUGCCGCAUUUGCUUCGGCGAGGAGCAACCGGGCGAUAAGAACUUGGCGUUGAUCUCGCCCUGCCACUGCGAGGGCUCGCAGAAGUUCAUUCAUGUCGCAUGCUUGCGCAAGUGGCAACGCACUGUGCAGCUGGGCGGUUCCAACCAUCCGGAUGAGCGCGACACCGAGGACCGGCACUGUGUGUGUAACGUGUGCAAGGGGACCUUCGAUGUGCCACCACAGGAUCGCGCGGAGAUGAUGUCCGACCUCGCCGGCGUGACGCCCGGCCGCGUGGCCCCCGCCAUGCUCUUGGUCUCCAAGCGCUGCUCCGAGUCCUCGGCCUCGGGCAUCGACAACUUGGCGAUCCGCGCCUUCAUCGAGGCCAAAGCGGCGCACUUCCGUCGGGCUGUCUACAUGCUCACGGAGAUCUCCCCCGGCGCCAGCGAUGGCAGCGACGUGGUCCUGGGCGUGAACUUGUGCCGCACCCUGGAGGCGCCCAACGUGGAAGGCCUCCACUGCGAGGACGUCACAGGGGACAUGCUGCAGCAGCUACGUCAAGAGGGCGUCGACGUGCUGUGGAUGAACGGAGGCCCCGUGAAGCCCCGCCACGUCUGCGCCGUGACCGUGCUCCGCACGCAGCGCGCCGUUUCAGCGCUAUCCACGUCCAGUGGCUGCAGGGCGUUGAUCAGAGGAGACGACGAUGGGCAAGUGGUCUACGGCACCUUGGCGUCGGUGUUGACCUUGGCCCAGGAGGAGUCCGACGCCUUGAGCGAGACGGUGACGGUCCUCGCCUGGGCGGGCUAUGCCCAAUGGAGCCGUACGCAGCUCUUGGGCGAGAUGGCCCGUGGCAGCUGGGGCUGGUGUGAUGGCACGCUGGAGGACAUCAAAGAGUCGGCCUCCGGCACGGGCCACGGCCUCUGGGAGCACUUGCGGCACCACAGCGAGCGCCUCAGCUGGGCACCCAGCAAUGAGUUGUCCCGGGACUUCGAGCAGCGGUUCCCCCCGCAGCGCCAGGCGGAGGAUGCGCAGGGCGAAGUGGUCACUGCCCUGGUGCAGCAGUUCGAGACCAUGAGGAGAGACAGUGCCACCGACCGCGCAUCUUGGCGCCGACCGAGAAGUGGAUGUGGCCAACAGUGAAGGCGCAUGGCGAUGGCGAGGGAAUUUCUUGGAAUCACAGAUGAUCAGAUUGGCUGUGAAGAGACAAUCUGAAGCUGGUUCUGUGAGAUUCUGUUAGAUCUUCUGAUGCUGUGAAGCACUUCCUUAUUUUCGUUGGUGAAAGUAGUUUUAUUCUGCUGGGCGUUGACAUGUAGAAUUGCGUGGAGAUGUGCUGCUCUCACAGCACCUGAAAACCCCUCGGACCCUCACAGUUGACAGUCCAAGUGACCAAGCUGACCCAGCAUCUGAGUGGUGAAUCCGUUCUUCUCCCUGAAAGCUCUCCUUGGUCGAACAUCGUCAUGGGGGAGCUCAUUUCCUCGCACGAGGUCACUCCCAGUACUUAGCUUGCUUGAAGCAACUGCGACACGUCAAGAGCUGCAGUUCCAUCACCAACAUUGUCGAUAGUUGGGACCUGGAAAGUAGCUGGCUGUCAG